AUGCUCUCGCCCCACCCGAAUGCCCCCAUCCAAACCCGAUUAAGCAAUGUAUUUUUCGUUUUUGCAUUUCAUUACACAUUGCGAUCUGACAUAUAUACAUAUAUUGUCGGUUACGGUUUUGUCGUGAGUUGUUUGCCGGAGACACGGUUUUCGAAGCUUUUCGUUCGGGGUUUUCCCGAAGCUCGAUCCGAACGAAGGAACGAAGGUGAGGCAUGGAGUCGAUCCUGGGAAGAGCUCUGGAGUACACUCUCAAGUACUGGCUUAAGUCAUUCUCCAGAGACCAGUUCAAGUUGCAGGGUCGCACCGUUCAGCUUUCAAACUUAGAUUUGAACGGGGAUGCAUUGCAUUCCAGCGUUGGAUUGCCACCCGCGCUCAAUGUCACCACAGCCAAAGUUGGCAAAUUGGAGAUUAUGCUGCCGUCAGUGAGCAAUGUACAGAUAGAGCCAAUCGUUGUGCACAUUGAUAGGCUUGAUUUGGUUAUCAAGGAGAAUUCUGAUUUCGAACAAUCUGAAACUCCAACCAGUUCCACAUCAUCAAGUGCCUCUGUCAAGGGUAGCGGAUAUGGUUUUGCUGAUAAGAUUGCAGAUGGAAUGACUAUACAGAUCCACUCAGUUAAUCUAUUGCUUGAAACACUUGGAAGUGCUAGUUGCCAAGGAGGAGCUACGUGGGCACCACCUAUGGCAUCUAUCACGAUACACAACCUUUUAUUGUAUACCACAAAUGAAAGCUGGAAGGUUGUAAAUCUUAAGGAGGCUCGGGAGUUUUCCAGUAAUAAGAAGUAUAUAUAUGUUUUCAAAAAACUAGAAUGGGAAUCUUUGUCUAUUGAUCUUUUGCCUCAUCCUGACAUGUUCACGGAUGCUACUUUAGGCCAUACUCAAGAAGGAGAAAACCUGAGAGAUGAUGAUGGUGCAAAGCGAGUUUUCUUUGGAGGCGAGCGUUUUAUAGAAGGAAUAUCAGGAGAAGCUUAUAUCACAGUUCAGAGAACUGAAUUGAACAGUCCACUUGGGCUUGAGGUUCAGUUACAUGUCACAGAAGCUGUUUGCCCUGCAUUAAGUGAACCGGGACUCCGUGCACUUCUCCGCUUUAUGACAGGAGUAUAUGUUUGUCUAAGCAGGGGCAAUGUAGCUUUCAACGCCCAGCAGCGAUCAACCGAAGCUGCUGGGCAUUCUCUUGUCUCAAUUGUUGUUGACCAUAUAUUUCUUUGCAUUAAAGACUCUGAAUUCCAGCUUGAGCUUUUAAUGCAGUCCCUCCAUUUUUCUCGGGUCAGUCUUUCUGAAGGAGAUAAUGACAGUAACUUAACCAGAAUUACAAUUGUUGGACUAUUUUUGAGGGACACCUUUUCACACCCUCCAUUUACCUUAGUGCAACCAUCAAUGCAAUCUGUCACAGGAGAUGCUUUACAAGUGCCAGAAUUUGCUAGAAGCUUCUGCCCUCCAAUAUAUCCUCUAGGAGAUCAGCAGUGGCAAUUAAUUGAGGGAACUCCUCUACUGUGCCUCUAUUCCCUUCAGCUCGUGCCUUCUCCACUUCCACCAUCCUUUGCAUCUCAAACAGUUAUUGACUGUCAACCUCUUAUGAUUCACCUCCACGAAGAAUCCUGCCUGAGGAUAUCAUCUUUCUUAGCUGAUGUUAUUGUUGUCAAUCCUGGUGAAAUUUUACCAGAUUUCUCACUAAAAUCUUUUAUUUUCACUCUCAAGGGACUGGAUAUUUCAGUUCCUUUGGUUAAUACCCAACUGGAUAUUUCUAAAACCAUCAUGGAAAACACAGUCAAGACCACCUUUACUGGAGCAAGGCUUCAUAUUGAAAACCUUUUCUUUUUAGAUUCACCAUCAAUGAAGUUAAGAAUACUGAACCUGGAGAAGGAUCCCGCUUGCUUCUGUCUUUGGGAAGAUCAACCAAUUGAUGCUUGUCAAAAGAAGUGGACUGCCAGAGUAUCCCAGCUUACUUUAUCUCUGGAAGCAAGUACUGGCAAGCUUGGACAUCAGAGUUCUCUUGGAUGGACUGCUGGACUGUGGAGAUGUGUUGAUUUGAAAGAUGCUCACAUAGAAGUGGCUAUGGUAACUGCUGAUGGAAGUCCGAUGUUGAAGGUUCCUCCUCCCGGGGGUAUUGUGAGGGUUGGUAUUGCUUGUGAACAGUAUCUAUCCAACUCUUCCAUUGAACAGUUAUUUUUUGUCCUGGAUCUCUAUACUUAUUUUGGGAGAUUUAGCGAGAAAAUAGCGAUAGCUGGAACAAGAAAACAUUUGAAGGGUGUUAGGAACAAAUCUUUUAGUGGAAAGCUGAUGGACAAUAUUCCUAGUGACACUUCUGUAUGUUUGGCAAUAAAAAACCUCCAACUUCAAUUUCUUGAGUCAUCUUCUGUGAAUGCUGUAGGAAUGCCUCUACUACAGUUUGUCGGAGAUGAUCUGUAUGCUAGUGCCACUCAUAGAACCUUUGGUGGUGCUAUUGUUGUUUCAUCCACUUUAACUUGGGAAAGUGUUGAGAUAGAUUGUGUGGAUACUGAGGAGCACUUGGCAUGUGAAAAUGACUCUUUCUUUAGUACUGGAGAAAAAAUUUGCUCAAUUAGUGAUAAUGGAUACCCUCAACUGAGACCUAUUUUCUGGGUUCAUAGCAACAAGAACUAUCUUUUUAAGGAAAAUACCCAUUCAUUCCGGUUUCUGGACAUAACUAUGGUGCAUGUCAUACCAUUUUGUGAAGUAGACUUGGAGUCGCAUUCUUUGAAUGUCUCCGCUUUUGUAUCUGGUGUUCGUCUUGGUGGGGGAAUGAACUACACUGAAGCCCUCCUGCAACGAUUUGGAAUACUCGAGUCCGAUGGUAGUCUAGGAAAGGGUCUGUCUAAAUGGUUGGAAAACAUACAAAGAGGACCAUUGGCAAAACUUUUUAACACAAUGCCUAUAAUUGUUGAUAAUUCAAAAGAUGGUAUGAAUCAAGAAGGAAAUGAAACCAGUUCUCCACACUUGAAGAAGCCAGAUAAUGUGGAUGUAACUAUAGAAUUGAGAGAUUGGUUAUUUGCCCUUGAAGGUGCACAAGAGAUGGCUGAAAGAUGGUGGUUCUCAAGCCUCGAAGAUGUAAACAGAGAAGAGAGGUGUUGGCACACUGCUUUCCGUACUUUACAAGUAAAUGCAAAAAGUAGCCCAAAGAAUGCUCCAGACAGAAAAUUACAAUCACAUAGAAUACGACCAUAUCCUGUGGAACUGGUUACGGUUGUCGUUAAAGAGCUACGGAUCAUGAAGCCCCAUACCCAAAAAAACAUUCCUCCUUCAUUGUUAACUGCAAAUGGAGUUGAAGAGUUCACUGACAAAGUUGGUGGUAUUGAUCUUGAAGUGCGAUUGAUAGUAUGUGAGGAUAAUGAAGCUGAUGAAAUGGUUGAUUGGGAAGUGGAAAACCUAAAAUUCUCUAUAAAGCAACCGAUUGAGGCAGUUAUAACAAAGGAUGAGGUCCAACACCUAACCUUUUUGUGCAAAUCUGAAAUAGAUUCCAUAGGCCGGAUAACAGCUGGAAUUAUACGGCUGCUAAAGCUAGAAGGUUCUGUUGGCCAGUCUGUAUUGGAUCAGCUUGGCAACCUAGGAAGUGAAGGUUUCGACAAUAUUUUCUCUCCUGAGAAGCUCAGCAUAGAUGGUAGUGUUUCUAGCCGAGAUCUCUCUCCAUUACCAAACCUGAUAAAAGAAAGCCAAUGCAAAACUAUGGAACCAACAUUAACUUUGCUAGAGGAAGCAGUUAUAGAUUCACAAGCUGAGAUUAAUGCGCUGAUCUCUGAUAUUGGUACUACUGAGUCUUCCUGUCAGCACCUCACUGUGGUCAAAGAACUCGGUAAAAAAAUUGAGGCGAUGCAGGCUUUAUUGACGCAAUUACGAGAUCAACUUUAAGUGCUUUGUGUCAUUUUCAUGUAAUUAGCAAUAAAUAUUUCCAUUCAAAGUUAUAAUUCUUUUGUAUAUAACAUAAAAGUCCAUAGGCUGACUGUUGUACAGAAUAGGCAGAAAUUAAGGCUGCCCCCAUUUAUGUAUUAGCAAGUUUUGUAGCCUUUAUAGCCUCGUGGAAUGAG